GGAACUUCCGGCCAGCGCUGCCAUUUUGACUUCCUGACCUUGGACUCGCUCCGGCUGCGCGUUCCGGGGUUCUGUCCGGUCCCGCCAUGUCCGUCCUGACGCCGCUGCUGCUGAGGGGCCUGACAGGCCCGGCCCGGCGGCUCCUCGUGCCGCGCGCGCAGAUCCACGCCAAGCCUCCGCGGGAGCAGCUCGGGACCAUGGAUGUCGCCAUUGGGCUCACCUCCUGCUUCCUGUGUUUCCUGCUGCCGGCGGGCUGGAUCCUGUCGCACCUGGAUAACUACAAGAAGCGGGAGUGAGGGCCGUCCUCCCACACCCCCAGAGCUGACCACACCCGCCUCGCUGCAUUCCUGGCCUGCCCCUCCUGGAUCAUGUCGUUCAAUUCCAGCCACCUCUUCAUGACGUCUCCACACGUCCACACUGACCUCCUGGGACCACGGGUCAGGGCCCUGCUCCGUGCAGCCCAGUCCCCGUUGCAACAAUAAAGUAUUUAAACCUCG